AUGAGUGAUUACUGGAAUAAUGAUGAAUGGAUUGACGUCGCUCAAUCGAAGCUUCCAUGGCCCGCCUUUGACGUCAACAUGAGCGCUCAGGUGCACAAAGAUUUUCAAAGCAUCGCGAAUUGGAUGGCUCACGUUCUUAUCAAAUCAGAGAUGGGUGAUUCGUUCAAAGCCUCAACGGACAAGGAAUCUAAGUCAUUUGACCCGUGCAGAAACGAUUUGGAACGAAGGCAAGCCAUUCACUUAAUGAAACUAGCAUUCUUUCUAGCUGAGCGAACAGAUGAUCCACGAAAAGGAGUUGGAGCAGUGAUAGUAAACAUCUGUAAAGAUGUUGUAGGUUUAGGUUGGAACGGAUUUCCAACGAAAUCGCUGUAUGGCGAGUUUCCAAGAGCCGCCGACAAAGACCCACCCGUGGGGGGUAAAGCAGACAAGAAGUAUCCAUAUAUCAUCCACGCUGAACUGAACGCGCUACUACUGCGGAACACCAAGAACAUCGUAGAUACAACCCUGAUUGUAACGAUGACACCAUGCGAUGACUGCACUCCUCUGAUUGAGAUGCAAGGGAUCAAAACAGUUGUUUUGGGAGAAAAGAUGCGACGGGAUACAAGGGGACUGAUGAACUUUACAAAGUUUCCACAGAGGGUUGAUGAUAAAGGUGACCCGAUUGUGUGCUUUGAACUUCAAAAACAGCCGCAGUCCCAGAAAAGAAAAGCUGAUGAUGACUCUAGCGGUGAAACGGAAGAAAUGAAG